GAAAUUCCACCUCCACCGUCGAAUCUUCCUGAUCCGGUUCCGGCUAGAAUACCACGACCGAAAAUCAGUAAAUAUGUGGCACCAUCUGAAAACGCUGAGACACCUGAUGAGGAGGAAGAAGCUGCCGAUCGACUUACUCCACUGAGAAGUGAGCUGCGAAGUCUUGGAAGGUGGCCAAGGUCAAACGCACAGGUGCCCUAUUCUCCAUACAAGACUGGCAGCGAGUCUGACGAUGAUUCCGAUGAUUCCGAAGGCAGUUACGAUACGCAUGAAGAUGGAGUCGAUUAUGAGGAUUCGCCCUACGAGAUUACGAUUCCGAUGCGAGAAGCCAUGGAAAGCCUGAAUUCGCACCUUUUGCAGCCUGGAACGAUAACUCCUGAGACAGCGGAUUGGGCUCUCAAGUACGUGCAGCACGAGUGGUUGAAGUGCACAGCUCGUAAAGGAAGCAGGCCUGAGGCUGUGGAUAUCCUUAUCGAACAGAUCAAAGCGCUUUCACCGGCUCUCUUGAAAGUCAUCGUGAACAUUACCGAUCAGAAUGGUAAUACAGCACUUCACUAUGCCGUGUCCCACGGCAAUUUUGGCGUCGUGUCGUCCUUGCUGGAUUCGGGUGAAUGUCAGCUGAAUUUGGCGAAUCGUGCUGGAUAUUCAGCAGUGAUGUUGGCGGCAUUGAGCUCACUGGAAAACGAAGUGGAGAAGGCUGUUGUUCAGAGGCUUUUCGAACUGGGUGACGUCAAUGCGCGUGCACAACAGCACGGUCAAACGGCGUUGAUGUUGUCGGUAUCGCAUGGAAAGAAGGCUACCACGGAGCUGCUGCUGGCUUGUGGUGCUGACGUGAACCUUCAGGAUGAGGAAGGCUCGACAGCUCUCAUGUGUGCAGCCGAGCAUGGCCAUAAAGACAUCGUCAAGCUGCUCCUCGGUCAACCGGGCAUCGAUGCCGCUCUGACAGACUGUGACAGCUCCACAGCGCUCUCGAUAGCUGUCGAAAACGGCCACAGAGACAUCGGCGUGCUCAUCUACGCUCAUUUGAACUACAGUCGAGCAGAAGCGAUUGAGGAGUCGUGCUGA